UAUAUCCAUUGUGUCGGAAGGAUAUCUUCUAGUAUUGGAUACAUCCCAUUUAACUAGUGCUAGUCAGCAAAUCAGACGGAAAAAUGAGCAAGAUCACCAAAAUGUUCAAGUCGUCUAGUGCUUCCAAAAGCAGGAAAGGGGGUCCGAGUGCUCAGGAGGCUCUAUUUAAACUUCGGGAAACAGAGGAAAUGUUAACUAAAAAACAGGAGUACUUAGAAAAGAAGAUCGAACAGGAACUCGCAAAUGCAAGGAGACACGGAACCAGGAAUAAGACAGCUGCGUUACAAGCAUUGAAGAGAAAGAAAAGAUUGGAGAAGCAGUUAACGCAGAUUGAUGGGACGCUAUCCACCAUUGAAUUCCAGAGAGAAGCACUAGAGAACUCCCACACCAACACAGAGGUUCUGAAAAACAUGGGUUACGCUGCAAAAGCAAUGAAAACAGUCCACCAAAACAUGGAUGUAGAUAAGAUUGAUGAACUGAUGCAGGACAUCCACGAGCAGCAGGAUGUGGCACAAGAAAUAUCCGACGCCAUUUCCCGGCCAGUCGGUUUUGGUGAAGACUUCGAUGAGGAUGAGUUACUGGCAGAAUUAGAAGAGUUGGAACAAGAGGAUCUAGACAAACAUAUGGCCAGCGACAGAUUGCCAAGUGUGCCUUCCACCAAGCUGCCUUCCUCCAAACACCCUUCCGCCAAAUUACCUUCCAGACCAGCAUCAUCCCGGAGAAGGGUGGAGGAUGAAGACGACAUGCAGAUGCUGGCCGCUUGGGCCACUUAACCUGGAACAAUUUUAAUCUUCUAUCAGCUGUACAGAUUUGUACACAGGAUAAUAAACUGUAUAUACACA